CAUUUGUGCGGAGCUCAUCAAGUCAUUGUGCUCCCCCAUGAUCAGCCCUGCGGAUUCGGAGCAAGCAGAAAAAGAACAGAAGUGGCUUUGGACAUGGAAUCAGCAGAGACUGAAAGAGAAGCUUCAUGGACGCAAGGCAACAAACCCCUGGGUGUUGGAUGCCUCCGGACGACCAUAUUGUCUCAGAAGCCACGAAACAUGCAGGGCCAGGCUUCUUCCCAGCAAGUCUUUGCCGAGUAUGGCAGUGACACACUAUGCCACCGAGAAUCGACGAGCUUUCCAACUGGAAACCAGCAUCUUGGGAUCAAAGUACACACCCACGAAACCGCGCUUCAACAAGAGAUAGCUGCCAUGCUCCUAAACCGCAGUAUUUGAUUGAGCUUUGUAUUGCCCGAGAUCGUCCAUGAAGAUGGAAACGUUGUGCGGACUGGACUUCUUUUGGGCAAAAUUCAGAGAUGUGCACCGACAUAGUUUCUUUUCUUCAUGUUUCUUACUGUAGAUGACAUGGCAGAAGUCAGGGCAUCGAUCAUGCC